AGGUGCUCUGUAUUCAGUGUGGACUCCUCCUGAUCGCAUAGACCUGAGGUUCUCAAACAAUGAGAGGUGCUGUGGGACUGAAGAGCCGAGACAUGAGGACUCUAAGCUUGCUGGGGGUUGCACUCCUCUGUCUGUUUGCCAUGCCUGCUGCAACGGAUGAUGACCAUCAACACCCCUCAAACGCGUGUGUUGGACAAUACAAGGACUGGACCCAAAUUGGCCAGGUGUGCGCAAAGUAUUUCAACACACCAAGGUCCUUCGCCGAUGCCGAGUCUGCUUGCAGGCAGGCAGCUUCAGGGGGUCACCUGGUCUCCGUGCAUGAUGAACAAACAAAUGCGGAUGUCUUGGCCAUCGUGUUGAAAUACAACCCCUCCUCACCAAGGAUCUGGUUGGGCGGUCAAAGGUUUGGUCAGUCAAGUACAUUCGUCUGGACAGAUGGUUCUCCUUGGAAUUUCUGGAAAUGGGUUGCAGGUCAACCAAGUAACAGCGGAAAUCAUGAGAACUGUGUGGAGAUGAACUGGACAAACUUGGGGGAAUGGAAUGAUGAUUGGUGCAUCAAACAGAAACCUUUCAUCUGCGCCUUCCAGUGGCAGCAUGAGCGGGGAGACUGAAGAAUGAUGGAAACACGCUACUGCAUCGCUUAUAAAAAUCAGGCAACACAUGAAGAUUCAUGCAAAGUGCAAAAUGAGUAAAGAAUCGCAAAAUUUUUAAAUGCUUCACUGAGCUCAUGCAAAAUAAAAAAAACUAUAUCAUGUGUAUGACUGUGUUCUUGUUUAACUGAUACAUUAUUGGCUGGUACAUUAUGCAGAAUGCAGUUAUGAUAUUUGUAUUCAAAUUGUAGUACAUUACUGGUAAGUUGUUACAUAAUCAACUUUUAUUGCAAUAAGAAAGGGGAAAAAGUAUUACAUUAUUGGCAGUUCUUACAUUAGUGUCAGGGUCUGUCUGUCUGUGCUCCGUUUCGGCCCCUCGACCGUCCCCUGUCAUCCCGCUCAUUUACUCAUACCUGCCUCCUGUCUGACGCUGUUAGUCC